AUGCGAGUGCUUGUCGGUGGCGGGACGGGCUUCAUUGGAACAGCCCUAGCCCAGCUGCUGAAAACCCGGGGCCAUCAAGUGGCAUUGGUCUCCCGAAAGCCCGGGCCUGAGCGGAUCACGUGGGAUGAGCUCGCUAAGACCGGGCUGCCCCGCUGUGAUGCUGUCAUCAAUCUGGCUGGAGAAAACAUCCUAAACCCUCUGCGAAGGUGGAAUGAUGCCUUCAAAAAAGAGGUUCUCAGCAGCCGCCUAGAUACUACCCAAAUGCUGGCAAGCACCAUCUCCAAGGCUCCACAACCCCCCAAGACCUGGAUCUUAGUCACAGGUGUAGCUUACUACCAGCCCAGCCUGACUGCAGAAUAUGAUGAGGACAGCCCUGGAGGGGAUUUUGACUUCUUCUCCAACCUCGUAACCAAAUGGGAAGCUGCAGCCAGGCUUCCUGCAGAUUCUACACGCCAGGUGGUGGUGCGCUCAGGAGUUGUGCUGGGCCGCGGGGGUGGUGCCAUUGGCCACAUGCUGCUGCCCUUCCGCCUGGGUCUGGGGGGCCCCAUCGGCUCUGGCCACCAGUUCUUCCCCUGGAUUCAUAUCAGCGACCUAGUGGGAAUCCUGGCCCAUGCUCUUGAAGCAAGACAUGUGCAGGGAGUCCUGAAUGGAGUGGCUCCAGCCCCCACCACCACCAAUGCUGAGUUUGCUCAGGCCUUGGGUGCCGCCCUGGGCCGACCAGCCUUUAUCCCCCUGCCCCGUGCUGUGGUGCACGCUGUCUUUGGGCGAGAGCGUGCCAUCAUGCUGCUGGAGGGCCAGAAGGUAGUCCCACGGAGGACGCUGGCCACUGGCUACCAGUACUCCUUCCCAAAGCUGGGGGCUGCCUUAAAGGAGGUUGUAGCCUAA